UUGGAAAAUCGAAGCAGUAAGGAUACAAAAAUAGAUGACAAUUAUGUAUGGAUUCUAACCGAUAUCUUCCUUUUCCGUAAUUUUUUGAAAAAUUUAGCAAGAAACUUAUUUGCAUUUUUCUUUCCAAAAGGUAUUCCAAUUUCGGCAUCUGAAAAUGAAAUAGCGCUGAAGAGAGUCAGCGAAGUAUUUGCUGCGAUUGGAAAUAAAAUCGAAAUGAUGGAUAUGGCUGAGAUCUGUCGAGCAGCGAACAUACCUGUAUAUUGGAAGCGGGCUGUUUACGUCUCUUGUAGCACUCAUCAGUCGAGACCAAUUACUUUUGCUGAUUUCGCUUCCUGGUGGAACAGAAUGACAUCAGUGGCGCAUGAUGAAGCAGCUCGUUUCAUGUACACUUUAGCAGGACCAUAUCGAGAUUAUCUAACCAAAGAGGACUUGGUACCUAUACUUCAAGAUCUCAUUGAAACCUUUCCAGGAUUGCAUUUUCUACGUGAAGCUCAAGAAUUUCAUUCGAGAUACGUUGAAACGGUGAUAGUUAGAAUAUUUUGGACAGUUAAUAGAUCUUGGACUGGAAGAAUAACAACCAACGAACUUCGUCGUUCGAAUUUCUUAGAAGUAAUUCGAAAACUGGAAUCAACAGAUGAUAUUAAUACAAUAACCAAUUACUUCAGCUACGAACAUUUCUAUGUGAUCUACUGUAAGUUUUAUGAACUGGACAAAGAUCAUGACUUGAUUAUCAACAAAAUGGACAUGGCACAGCAUUGUAAUGGAGCACUUCCUGCACAAAUCAUCGAUAGGAUAUUUAGCGGGGCUGUGACGAGAUCUACGGCUGCAAAACGUUUUCGAAAAGCGGUCGAAACUAUCGGAUAUACUGAUUUCGUAGCAUUUCUGCUGGCAGAAGAAGAUAAACGGCAUCCAACAAGCAUCGAAUAUUGGUUCCGAUGUUUGGAUUUGGAUGGUGAUGGUUUGAUAUCUCUGUACGAAAUGGAAUACUUUUAUAAUGGUGUUAAAAGUAAAAUGGACCAGCAUAAUAUUGACUCCAUGCGUUUUGAUGAUGUGGUCUGCAAUCCAAACGUUAUAUCAUUAUCAGAUCUGAAAAAGUGCUCACUCUGUACCAGAUUCUUUAAUACCUUCAUAAAUUGGGUAAAAUACUAUGAGCAAGAAGCAAACGAAGGAGAAAGAACUGACGGUGAUGAAGAGUUGAACGACUGGGAUAGGUACUGCUUGGAAGAAUAUGAAGCACUGAUGGCAGAUGACCAGGAUAAUGAAGAGGCUGAAGACAUGUUUGUGCUUUUUGAGUUUUUAGAAAAUACAUACUUUUCACUUUCCGAAAUUGUGUGGAUUUUAUGA